AUUGUUAUCUUAUCAGAAAGCAUGUGUCGAAUGCUGAAUAAUUUUGGAUGAUUUUUGCUCUUUUCGACCCGGACAAACUUCAACCGAAAUGAGUGCAGACUUACGACACAUUCUGCAGUCUGCCGAAGAAUUGGAUGACAUCAAAUCGGUCGUUGUCGAUGAUGUUUCUUCUGGUAAAUCGACAGUUCUCAGCCUUGUAGAAUCACUUGAACCUUAUUUGGUUAACAAGAAUGAGUUGAAGAGGCUCAAAGGGACAUCGUUUCUUUCCGAUGUCCUGCAGGAAAUAUCGCAAGACCUGUUGAAUGAAGAUGAGGUUAAAGUCUUAACUGCGUUUUUCUGCGAUCGUCUGAAGGACCAUUUUACCGUAAUCCCUGCUGCUUUAAAAGGACUUCAAGCAGUGACAUCAAUGAACAAUCUAUCGUCAACUGCCCCGGAUGAGAUAUUGAUAAGUUUAUCUCAAAAUAUCACCUGUCAAACGCUACACCAAUCUUCUAGGCUUACGUACUAUAAUAUUUUGCAAAAUUUAUUUAACAAUAAAUACUUAGAGGUAAAAAAGAAUUCUGGUGAUUUUGUGUAUUCUGUUGUAUCUGCGAUGGAUUCAGAAAGCGACCCGAGAAAUUUAAUGUUUCUUUUUAACUUUCUCCCCCAACUCUUCCAUAGAUUGGAAUUUGAAUAUUUGUCUGAAGAAGCCUUUACUGUACUUGAGUGUUAUUUCCCGGUCGACUUCAAUGCUAAAGAGAAAGGGGCCAUUACAAGAAAUGACCUAGCCCAAGGGCUGGAAAACUGUUUUGUCUCAUGUGAAAACUUUGGCCGAUUCGUAAUCCCAUUGGCACUAGAGAAGCUAGAAAGUUCGUUAAAAGUUGCACAAAUGGACUCACUUAAACUUUUGGCAAGAGGGUAUGGAAGCUGGACCAUUGAAGCUAUCAAUCCCCAUGUCAAGGACUUAUGGAAUUCUUCCAAAAGUCUGAUCCUUCCAAUCUCAGACCCAGAAUUGGCAGAGAUGGCAGGCAGUGCGUUAGUUAAACUAAUUCAAAAAUAUUCCACAUCUCCACUUUCCACAAACCAGUCCGAGACGCUGAAUCAAUUGCUAAAAGAUAUAUCAACAAGUUCAACCAAAUACUUAAAUGAUCCGACCUUAAGCAUGUUUUUACCAGCGACUAAACUACUUUCCUCAGUUUCACAAUCUUCGGCAGUUGCUUGCCGUCACAUCACUAAAACUAUUGUAUCGCAGUUGCUGGUUCUUUUGAACUUUAAAACCAACACUGAAGUGAUACUUGCUACUUUGUGCAUCAUACUGAAUGCAACGAUAAGAUUCAAUUUGUGGGCUGAAGAUGAAAAUGAAGAAAUACGAGAAACACUCUUGCAAGUUCCAAGUGUGCUAAUAAGCAAACUGAAUGACGCUCAAUCACAGCAUGGGUGUUUUUUGUGUCUAAAUGAAAUAGUGGUUGUGCUCACGUCAGAGAUGAGACUGCAAAUUGAAAACUUACUUCUCGAUAUUAUACCACAACUCAGUUCAAACAACAGGGAUUCCUGUGCCACAUUUAUUAAGAACAUUUCAAAUCAAUAUCCAGAUGAAGUGAGAGAAAAUGUAUUAUCAAAACUAGCUAUUAAUGAAGUUAAACCAUUAGUCAGAGAAAAAAUCGACGUCCUUUGUUGGUGCACGAGUGUGCCUCUUCUGAUGGAAUACUCAAUCCACGAAAUAAUUAAGUGCCUAGAAAACAAGUCGGUUUCAUGUGUCGGGAUUAAAUCCUUGAGGGAUUACUGUGAGAAUAUGGCAGAAGAAGUUGUUUUACAUUGUUUAGGAACUGAGUGUGCACUUGUACAGAAGUUAAUCACUCUGGCUAAGGACAUCGAUGAAAAACAGGUCGACAUAUUGAAAGAUUUUUCCAAGACGAUUGCAGCUAUUGUGAGAUGCCUUUUAGAGGAGGAACAACAAAUGUUAAUCUCAGAAUGCAUUAUCCAACUGUCGGUUGAGUGCCUUUCUAACAAUUACUUGGUCUUAUUUGAAGGGAUUUUGAUUCCAUUGAGACCAACGGUUAAAAUUGACAACUGUCACAUGUUCAUAAACAAGCUUUUUGAAGGUUGUCUGACUUUUGAUAAUGAAACUGUGAAAUCAUCAUCUUCAGUACUAUUAAGGUCUAUUAUAAAUAAACAUCCAGAUGGUGAAGACCUGGAUAAUACUUUGGGAAUACUGUCUGUAAAAUUAAACGAACAUCUAAAAGACGAGUCAGCAUUAAGCAUGAGGCUGGCUGCCACUUCAUUGCUUAGUUGUAUUACUAAGAGUUUAGUUUUAAGGGGUCACCGGUUAUCAAAUCAGUGGCUAGAUAAGUUAAUAGAAUUACUAUCUGAUGAACCAGUACAACUAAUGGCAGCCAAUGGUUUUAAAUAUAUUUUAACGCAGUCCGAUGAUCUUAGCGAAACAAAUUACUGCACAAUCAAGCUUUUACAUAAGCAAAGGGUGUUUUGUAAGAUGAACAAGCUUAUUUCGUUAUAUGACAACUGUACAGAUUCCAAAAAGUCUGCUGUCUCUUUGGCAAUCGCUUUCAUAUUACAAGCUGUGCCAAGAUGCUUGGUAGUUAGUGAAUUAAAAGAGCUUGUGAAAGUGAUAGUGACAUGCUUAGAUAGUAAUGAUCAUAGAGUUGUCGCCGCGAUAUUGGAAGUCGUUUCCAAUCUUUUGGAGUCCGGCGAAGAAGUGUUUGAAGAGCAAAUACAAACUUUCAUUCCAAGCUUUAUAAACUGUUUGCAGUCGACGAGCAUGGCUGUUAAGAUGUGGUCUUUGGAGUGUUUAUAUUAUUAUGGAAAAUGCACGGAGAUUAAAAUCCUCCCCUACAGACUCAUGGUUCUCAAUGGUGUGCAACCUUGUUUGGAUGAUAAAAAAAGAUUGGUUAGACAGAGAGCUGUAAAAGUCAGAACUAGAUGGUUCCUGGUUGGUUCAUUAUCUGAAAAAUGACUUUUAAUUGAUUAAAAUGUAAAUAAACUAAAUUUAGUACUUACCAAAACAGUUUUAUUACAGUUUUGUAGGUCCUU